GUGUGCGUGUGUAUACGAAGGGAGGAAGCGGCGAAUCGGAGUGGUCGGGAGGAAGACGCCUGCUCGUGCUGGAUUAUGUGCUUUUGGGAGAGGACAAAUUCGGGAUCGUAAUUUAUAUUUUAGUGGGUCAAGGGAUCCGUCAGAAAGUGGGAAACCGCGAGAGGUGCGCGCAAGCUCAUAAAUAAAGGCUGGGUUGCCAAGAGGUGCCGUUGCACGAUGGUUAGGAAUGGUUGCAAGGCAAUGGGGAAAAUGCGAAGGUGACUUCGAAGGUGGUUCUCGUGGGACUCUGGCAGUUACUGGCAGUAGUCGCGCUUUUCGGCGAUAGUCCGACAGUUCCGGCAAGUCGGCCGGCAAGCGCGCAAACGCGUGACCGAUAAGAUGUUGCACGUCUAGAUUCUGGCCAGUCAGUUCCUAGCUUCAAACAAAUCACUAAGUCACAGUUGUUUUCUUGAGAGAGCAGUAGUCCUAGAGUGGAUAUAUAUAUAUACACACACAUAUAUAUCUAUAUAUACAGUAUAUAUAGAUACAUAGUUUUGUGAGAGUGCGAGGGAGACAGCGAAGAAAGAAGAGGGACAGAAACAGCGAGUGAGAGUAUAUCCAUCCAUACAUACACCUCUACCUAUAUACAUGCGUGUAUGUAGAUGAAUAUGUAUAUAUUUAUGGCAACGUAGCAGACAAAAACAGUUCGGUCGACGCUCAUCAGCAUGGUGGACACUUCUGCAUCAACUACUGCGUUGUUAGUGUUAUUCUGUGUUCUGUGCGGGGCCCGCUGACGAGAUCCGAUCCGCUGCGCCAAUAUAUAUAACUCGUGUUCGUUACCGAAUCAAUGACGGCCUCGCUCUAAGACAUGUACUGUUCUUGCCGCAUGCCCCGAGAAGAAGUCACCACCUCUGGCACGCUCGAAGUAUCUACAGAACACGCUUCCAGAUAGGAACGAAAGACCGAUUCGGAGGAGGCACAGAUCAUAAUGACGGAGGAUGCAAUUGGCGAGGAGCCGCGACCUGUUGGGUUUUGGAACCGCUCGCUGUAAAUAACAUGUUUACAUCGAGUUACGAACAUUCCAUCGGAAGCUCGGAGUCAACGCGGAGAAGAAGAAGAAGACGAAGGUUCAGUUGGGGUCCGAACGGACCCAUGUCCAUCUCCUGUUGCCGCCACUGAUGGCCGCGACGGGCUUAACUACUGGUGGAGCCCUGUUGUUCGCCGGGGCUCUGCUCGCGUUCAUCAGCUCUACGCCGACCACCUCGGAGAAGAUGCCCAUCACCGCUGGGCUCAGCCCCAAGGCCCACGCGUACAUCCACUCCAAUACCAGCGGUAUUUGCAAGAGUAUCGACGUGCGAAACUCUAUGCAGGCUCUGCUCAAUCUAAGAGGAUGUCGAGUGGUCGAGGGGUUCGUGCAGAUUUCCUUGUUUGAUGCCGUCGAGGACACCGAAUUCGAGGGUAUCAGCUUCCCGGAGCUCACCGAGAUCACGGACUUCUUGCUCCUCUACAGGGUGCACGGUUUGAGGAGCGUCGGACAGCUAUUCCCUAAUCUUGCGGUGAUCCGAGGUCAGGACACCGUGCUAGGAUAUUCCUUCAUCAUUUACGAACUGUCCGGUCUUCAGGAGGUCGGCUUGUAUUCACUCACCGAUAUUCAGGCCGGUCUCAUUCGCAUCGACAAGAAUCCAGAACUAUGCUUCGUCAACUCAAUCGACUGGGAUAAAAUCGCGCACGAGAAAGGGGAACACUAUAUAAAGAACAUUAAGGCGGAAAACGAGUGUCCACUUUGUCCCGGCGAGGAUGAAGAGAGUAGCAGCCUGUGCCCGGCCUCGAAGAACAAAAAUGGCAUCAUGAGAUUCCUAUGUUGGAAUCGGGUGCAUUGCCAGAAGGUGUGUCCCUCGAGUUGCAAGACCACGUGCGACGCCAAAGGGAAGUGUUGUGAUGAAAAGUGCUUAGGUGGAUGCCGCGAGGAUAACCCUCGAGUCUGCCACGUUUGCCGUAACUUUACCAUGGGCGAGGAUGGUACUUGUACCAGCUAUUGUCCAGCUGAUAGAUAUGAGUAUUUGGGAAGGCGAUGUGUCACAAAGGAGGAAUGCAUAAAUACACCUAGACCAUUGAGGCAGUAUAAUACAAUACCGCAGGAGUAUCCUUACAAGACGCUGAACAAAUCAUGCCUGCUGGAGUGUCCCUCCGACUACACGGAGAAUUACGACCAGCACAAAUGCUUCCCUUGCUUAGGUAGAUGCAAGAAGGAGUGCCAAGGUAUGGUCAUAGACAGCGUUGUGACGGCGAAACGUUUACGCGGCUGCACGCACAUCAACGGGUCCUUAGAAAUCCAAAUCCGGAGCGGCGGACGUAGCGUAGUGAGUGAGCUCGAGGAGAACUUAAGCAUGAUUGAGGAAAUUGAUGGAUACAUUAAAGUUGUCCGAUCGUUUCCCCUAGUCUCCCUAAACUUUUUCAAAAAUCUCAAAGUGAUACGGGGAAACUCGCUCGAAUUCAAGAAGUACGUGGUCAUUGUAUCAGACAAUCAGAAUCUGCAGGAUCUAUGGGACUUCGAGAAUCGAACUCUGAAGAUCGACCACGGCGGCCUGUUCUUCCACUUCAAUCCGAAACUCUGCAUGUAUAAGAUAGAAGCGCUGAGGGAGAUGGCCAACCUUAGUGAAUUCGAAGAACGAGACGUGGCCAGUAACUCGAACGGCGAUCGGAUUGCUUGUAACGUACAGAAUCUGGUGGUCAAUGUGACGAACAGCGGUCCGAGAGCGAUUGUCCUAGCUUGGGCGCCUUUCGAGAUGAAGGAUCACAGAGCGCUUUUGGGCUAUGUGGUAUAUAGUAUCAAAGCUCCCGAGCAGAAUAUCACGCUGUAUGAUGGUCGUGAUGCCUGCGGUGGUGACGGAUGGCGGGUAGAUGAUAUUUACAUAGACAAUCAGAAGCCGACUCACAUAUUGACACAUUUAGAACCGUAUACUCAAUAUGCUUUCUAUGUAAGAACUUAUACCAUUGCCACUGAAAAAUCGGGUGCCCAAAGCAAAAUCCAGUACGUCCGGACUAUGGCAGACAGACCUUCGGUUCCUUACAACAUUAUCGUCAAGACUGACAAAUCGAGCAGCAGCAGCUUCGAUUUGACCUGGAAACCGCCAUUGCAGCCCAAUGGAAACGUUACCUACUACAUCAUCACAGGCAUCAGGAGGGAUCAGAAACGCGAGGACAUCCUACGCAACAGAAAUUACUGUAAUCCCAGUAUGCAUCGGGAAACCGUAUCGAAGCCAGAGACAAAAAUAUCGACAGCUGUAAAGCAGCAGAACAAUACAUGCGAAUGUAGACCUGCACCUCCAAACAAACCACAAUCGAUCCGUAAGCAGAACGCUGAAGAUGUUAGUAAUCAAAUGAUGUUCGAGGAUAACUUGAUUAACUUCGUAUAUGUAAAGAGGAUACAGAAAUUCAUAAACAAAGAUCGCAGCAAGAGAGACCUCGACUACAACCUGCAAUUUCCAAACAACUCAUUGGCGGAUGACGAAUCUAAGAACAGGUCCUUCUCUACACAAAAUAAAACAGACAUGCAAGGUAAAUUCAUUGUAUUCAGUUACAAGGUGUAUGGGAAAACAGAAUUGCGUAUUGACAACUUGAAACACUUCACGGCCUAUGAAAUUACAAUUGAAGCUUGUCAGAAUAAGGAUGAUCCAACUGAUAUGAGUUAUUGCAGUCAGAAGGCUUUAACCACCGCCCGAACCGAGAGCAAAGCUGGUGCCGACAAGAUCACUGAAGUUAGGGUUGCCAAUAAGAGUAUGAGCAUGGUUACAAUCGUCUGGGAUGAGCCAUUGGAUCCGAACGGCCAUAUCCUAACUUAUCAAAUCGAGUACAAGCGGCUUGAUAUAGAAAAUUCUCAGCCUAUUCUGGAGUGCAUAACUGCUUUGGAUUAUUUGAAGCAUAAUAAGCGGUAUACUUUGAAAUUGAACCCCGGUAAUUACAGCUUACGUGUCAUUGGCAAAUCUCAAGCAGACUAUGGCGAAUAUUCGAAGCUGUAUUCGGAAUUAGACGAUUCGAAGUAUUCCACAUUUAGUAUUGAUGAGCCUAAUUCUGGGAUUUCUGAACUUGCUAAAAUUGCUAUUGGACUGGCAGUCGUCUUCACAUUUAUUGUCGUCCUGGCAUGUGUGGUGUACAAGAACGUUUAUCAUAAGAAUGAUAACACUUUGAUCAAGACUGUGAAUCCGGAGUAUGUAAGCACCGUGUACGAGCCUGACGACUGGGAGGUCCUGCGCGAGAAGAUUUCUUUGAUCAAGGAAUUGGGCCAAGGCAGUUUCGGUAUGGUUUACGAAGGGAUUGCCCUUGACAUAAAAGGCAAAGCGCAGACUAGAUGUGCAAUCAAAACGGUUAAUGAGCACGCAACUGAUCGGGAGAGGAUAGAGUUUCUGAACGAAGCGAGUGUGAUGAAAGCAUUUGAUACUGCUUACGUCGUUAGAUUAUUGGGUGUGGUAUCUCAAGGUCAACCUACUUUAGUUGUCAUGGAGCUGAUGGCCAACGGAGAUUUGAAAUCGUACCUACGCUCGCACCGACCGGAUGUAGACGUGAAGGUUAAAUCGAAGCAGCCACCGACUUUGAAGCGGAUAAUGCAGAUGGCUAUUGAAAUUGCUGACGGCAUGGCCUAUUUGGCGGCGAAGAAGUUCGUUCACAGAGAUCUGGCUGCAAGGAAUUGCAUGGUAGCGGAAGAUUUGACCGUGAAAAUUGGUGACUUCGGCAUGACAAGGGAUAUUUAUGAGACUGAUUAUUAUAGAAAAGGUACUAAAGGCUUGUUACCCGUAAGAUGGAUGGCACCGGAAAGUUUGAAGGAUGGUGUUUUUACGAGUAACAGUGACGUGUGGAGUUACGGUGUCGUCUUGUGGGAAAUGGCUACUUUGGCAUCGCAGCCCUACCAGGGGCUUUCCAAUGAUCAGGUUCUUAGGUAUGUCAUUGACGGAGGCAUCAUGGAGCGGCCUGAGAAUUGUCCCGACAAGCUGUAUAACUUGAUGCGGUUCUGCUGGAAACAUAAACCUAGUGAUCGGCCUACGUUCAUAAAUUUGUGCAAGAUGUUGCUGGACGACUCGAGCCAGACCUUCUCCCAAAUAUCCUUUUACCACAGUGCUGCGGGAAUGGAGGCUCGGAAUUUCCGUUCCACGCUGACACCCUGUCAGGAUGACGCUAGAACGCCCCUGAGAAGUAACCAAGACGACGAGAAUAUGUCAUCGAUCGCGAGCUCUGAUUCUUCGGAGGAGGAAGAAUUGGAGCCAGACACGAACAUUGAGUUCAUAACGUAUACAUCCACGGCAAACGGUUUUGUCGGCGCGAACAAGUAACGGAGUUCUACUCUCAGUCGCAUAUCACAUCUCAGUAUUUCGUAACGGCACAACACAGUUCGAUUCUCAGCAAACUGGCACUUGCUUGUGGUGUUUCAGAAAUGCGUUAACAGUUCGUUUAUAAGUGUUUUAUGUUUUAAAUAUACAUUGUUUUUUUUCUUUUUUUUUACCAAAGAUAGUGAUAUAUAUACAGACCGUUUGCUGAGGAUAUUUUCCUAAAACUCAACCAGAAUACAGUGUUCAUUAGCAGUUUAAGUUUAAAAUUACGCAACACGCCAAUAAUCCUAGAAUCUGUCCACAGAACCUGGGACACGUUAUCCCGGGGGCUUCCCUCGCGCAUCUUCCAUAUAAUUAUUAUCAUCGAAACUAUUCCUAGUCUAUGACUCUUCGUGGACAAAUUGUGUUUCUUUCCCUAUUCUCCCCGUAUUUAAAUUGAUGGUAUAAUGUGAUGGAUGCAAGUGAAAACUGUUUGCCUUAUGUAUAAUAUAUAUAUAUAAACAUAACAUAUAUAUCUAUUAUUAUACAUACAUACAACUUACUUAAAAAUAUAUGUACUGAUUUGUGUAGUUCAUUCGACGAACAUUCGUGCUUCAAUAUUUUUUGGGUCGCCGUACGAGCAGCAUCCGAGCCUAAGUUCCUGUAUAUUUACUAAUUAUGUCAGUAGCUAUAUGAAUACUGUCCAUUCAUUUUAUUGUACCUACUUUGCUAUUUAUAUUUUUAAUUAUAUUUUGU